UGGAAACAGCGGUUUGCUUUUACGUACAUGCAUAGAGAUAGCAAAAAUGUACAAAAUAACAAUUUCUGGGGAAAAUAUAUCUAUCACAUCUCUGGUUUUUCCUCCUGCUGCAGAAGCCUCGUGUAGGCUGAGAUUCCUCUUUAAAAAGUACAAAGUGAAGCUUCCUGCUCCAAGACCCUCGUUUGGUUCAGUUUCCGAAUUCAUUUCAUUGCAAAACUUCAUUAACAUUACGCCCUCCUGGAAUUUCUGCUCUAACACCUCCUCCCCCUACAGAUCCUGAACCUAGUUUUUUUACUUUUCCCCCUUUGCUUCUUAUUUUUCCCAUCUAAUUUGGGUGCUGAGCAACAAGGCUCGGUUUUUAUUUCACCUUAACACUCCCCCGCCCUGCCCCGCCCCUCGUUCCCCAGCUGAUAUCCACGUGAGCUCCAGGGACCUGCUUUAAUCCCUGUUUUCUACAGCCACCCUCUGGCCGCACUUUGCUUCCCCCGCUGCAGCCGGAGUGGCAAAAAUUUGCCUUGUAAAUAAUUCAUGCCUCCUAACGCCUCCCUCUCCGCCCCCGCUGUCGCUGCCUGUGUUCACUUCUGUCCUUAAAUCCUUGCUGGCCUUGCCCUUGGAGGCGGUUUCGUCACUGGGGCAGUGGGAAAAUCGGACCAGCCCUACGUAGCUUCUGCCCGGCAGGUCCCGGAUGCCGACACCGGGGUCCCGCCCUGUCGCCGCUUCCAGGAAAACCCUGGCCAGGCCCCUUUAUGUGCGCACUUCCCGGGGUGCGCUGUAAGAGCAACCAUGGCUGCGGGAAAUGCCAUCAGAUAUCUCCAGGAGGAAACCACCUGCGCUGUCUGCCUGGACUUCUUCCACGACCCUGUCAUGAUCCUCAGCUGCGGCCACAAUUUUUGCCGCCGCUGUCUCGGCUGUUGCUCGGUGGAUGCCUCCGGGCGCGCUUCCUGCCCGCAGUGCCGCAUCCCUUUCCCGCAUGGCGGCUUCCGUCCCAACCGGCAGCUGGCCAACGUGGUGGGUGCCGUCCGGGAGCUGGACACGCCGCCGGCGCAGGAGCUUUGCCGGAAGCACCAACAACCCCUGACUCUUUUUAGUCACCGGGAUGGAAUUCUCGUCUGCGCUGCGUGCGCUGAGCAUCGCGCUGAGCCCGCCGUGCCCCUCGAAGAAGCCGCUCGCUGGUACAGGAAGCAGUUUGAAGAUUCUCUAAGAAGCCUGCAGGAGGAAUAUGAGCAACGUGCCAAUCUCAGUGAGUUAGUGAAGGAGACAAGACAAGAGAUGCUGACUCGAGUCAGUUCUGAGAAGCAGAAGCUACUGGUGAUGACAGAAGACCUCCGGCGGGUUCUGAGUGAGCAGGAAUCAUGUUUCCUUGCCCGGUUCCGUCGCCUGUGCUGGAGACUGGAGGAACAGCAAUGUGGUGAAGCUGCCAGGAUAACCUGGAUCCAGCAACACUGUGCUGAGCUCCAGGCCAAGUGUCAGCAACCGGAUGUUGAUCUGCUACGGGAUGCCCAAACCACCCUGAGCAGGUGCACAGAGAAGAAGGUGCAGCCGAUGCUGCUGUCGUUGCCAGAGCUGGAAGCAGAGCUUGAGGAUGUUACCUGGAAAACCAACAUGCUCGCAGAGGCAGUGACACAGUUUAAAGGGAAUGGGUGGAUGUGGGGCAGCCCCAGGGCCAGGACCAGAGGUAAAAAUCUCUGGGGUCAUCUUCUAUUUGCAGACAGCUUGGGCUCUUCACUGGAGGAAGACUCAGGGGGAUAUCGGAGAGCAACUGUGACCCUGGAUCCAGCCACAGCUCACCCCCAAAUCCUGGUGUCAGCAGAUGGCCGGACCGCACGCCGCCGGGAAUCACCCCCAGCUCCUCUUCCCUCAGGAAAGGAGCGUUUUGAGUCUCUCUGCUGUGUUUUGGGUCAGCAGGGCUUUGUGGGGGGCCGGCACUGCUGGGCAGUGGAGGUUCGUCAUGGUCCUGACUGGGCGCUGGGGGUGGCUCGGGAAUUUGUGUCUCGUAAGGGCUGCUUUGGUCUCAGCCCUGAACGUGGAGUUUGGGCUGUGGGCCAGUGGUUGGGGCAGCUGCAGGCUCUCACCUGGCCCAGCCCCACAUGUCUGCGCCACAGGUACACACUCCGACGCAUUGAGGUGGCUCUGGAUUACGCUGGUGGGCGGGUGGCUUUCCGUGAUGCUGACAGCCAGACUGAAACCUUUGUCUUUCCCCCCGCCUCUUUUGCUGGUGAGUGACUCCGGCCCCUGCUCUGGCUGGGUGAGGGGCCAGCUCUGCUCACUUUCUGCCCCUGAAUCCCUCCAAAACCGACCAUGAACCUCCCAAGCACAGACACUUCCACCACCCCAGCAAACCCUCCACUCAAUAAAUGACCCCAACUCCCCCCCCAGACCCAUUUAAUUUUCCUUAUAACAUGUAAUUUAACAAUAUUAAUCACAUUUCACUCUCUUGCUCCUCAGUGGGAGAACAGAGAUAUUUUUAUUUCCCCAGCUGUUUGUCAAUGGAAACAUAGCCUAGAAAAAGGGAGAACCUCCCUAAAAAAUUUUGAAAACUCACUUUGAGGCAGAAAAUGGGCUUUGCUUCUGCAUGGCUCGUAAUAAGAUUUUGCAAGUGGAAACAUUUCUGCUUAGGCUUUGCAGAGAAUAUAGGGGAAAUGGGAUAAAACCACCUUUUGUGCCUGCUGGGAUCACUGUGGCUCAUGGUUUUGUCCCUGCCACAACAUGAGGAGGGAGAGAGGCCACAGACAGGAUUUUAUCCCGUAUUGCACCACCUACAAGUUGAAUAGAAGGGGAAAAAAUAAACUUUUAUCUUGAAGCAGCAGAAAGCUGUUAUUAGGGUUAAACCAUGUAAUAGCUGUUAUCAGCAAGCACAGGCAGGACUGGGCAGGUCUCUGCCUCUUACAGCCUCAGUCACUCCACCUUUACUGCCAGGCUUGCCUCCCCAUCCACAGCCAUACUUGACAUCAAACUGAGGAAGGGGAGAAAACACAAGGAAAGGCAGCAGGGAAGGCAGCUGCUUUUAUCUUCAGGGCCCUAAUUUUAAAUAACUGCCUUGACAAACUGACAGGUCACUGCUAAACCCAAAUUACAGUCCUGGUCAGUUGUAUAAUUAGUUUUUUCCCUGUUUGGUUCAUGGUGAGGUUGGUCCUGGAUGCUGUCUUCCUUAAAAGACAAGGCCCAGCGAUGUGUAAAUACAAGUACUUCUUUGCAGCAUCCUGCUCUAAAAGGUGAGCUUCCAACACUCCAUUUUAUCCACUUUUCAUCUGAACAGCUUUACUGAUAUUUAAUUUGAAAGUACGUAGAAAAAACCCAAAACAUAAACAACAAAAAAUUCUGCCUUUCUGCAUAGCUCAGCAGGUCCAGAGAUGGCUCUCCAGUGUGGGAGUGUGUGGGGGUUUGGAGGUGGGCAGAAUCAGCCUCUUUUCACCCAAAGGCAGCUCACCAGCAUCCCAACAGCAGUUCCAGUGGCAGAUCCUUGGCAGGGAGGGCGCACAGCCCCCCCUCUGAGCAGAGCCAGCAGAUGUGCCUCACAGCCCUCCCACUGCUGCCACUGCAGUCCCUGAAACCCUCCCAAGUGACAGAGACACCUCGUUCCAGCCCAUGAAAAGAGACUUUGGGGAUUAGCUGAAGGGGUUUUUUCUCCACAGGAGUCAAAGGUUUUUCCACAAGGCUGGAGCCCAGGGCAGGAGGCAGAUGUGUUUGGCUUGUUUUGGAGGUUGAGAACAAGCGUUCUUGGGUUUUUUUUUUCAUCUGUCGCCUCCUGCUUCUACCCAUGCUGCCCCUCUCCCACUAACUCCCUUGGAACCAGACCGGAGUUGGAACCUGCCCACGAGGGAAGCGUGGCAGGCAUGCAGGAGCAAACCUGAGUGAGGACUGCAGGUUCUCCAUGAGGGUGGGGACAUGAAACCUCCCCUACUCCUCACUGGAGUCUAUUUUAACUGAAUAAAAAAGGUGGAAUUGUGGA